AUGGGUGAAAUUGAGGAGUUGGAGCCACGAAUUCGAUCUCCACCCAUUGAAGAGGAUGCACUCUAUGUGGCUUUAGGAAAAGAUGUGAAGGAGAGUGUGACAGUUCUCAAGUGGGCUUUGAACAAUUCUGGAGGAAGGAAAAUUUACAUCCUUCAUAUUCAUCAACCAGCUCAGAAGAUUCCCAUGGACGCGAUGGCUACAAAUGUUCCAAUUAGACUGCUGGACGAGCAUAAAGUUAGAGCAUAUCAUGAAAAUCAGAGACGAGAGAUGCAAGAGAUUUUGGAACAGUAUGUUCAGAUUUGUCACCGGGCAGGGAAUCAGGCAGAGACACUGCCCAAAGAGAUGGACUCUAUUGAGAAGGGCAUUGUGCAACUCCUAUCUCAGCGUCGUAUUAAGUGGAUUGUCAUGGGAACGGGAUCUUGUAAAACUUAUUCUAGGGGCAAGGAGACUACUCUUAAGAAGAUUUUCUUCUUCAGAAACAGUACAAGAGAAAUGAUUAUACCCAAGUCUAGGAAAGCAACCUAUGUGCGUCUAAAAGCACCCAGUUUCUGUCGUAUUUCAUUUAUAUGGAAAGGGAAACUUAUACAUACAAGGGAAAGUGAUAUACAUGGAAUUUAUAUAGAUUUAAACUCUGCAUCACCUGAAGCAAGUACAAAUGCUGAAACUACAGAAUCUUCCUUGCGAUCACUAUCAGUUACAGAAGGAGAAAAUGAUCGACUAAGCCUAUCGGGUUCAUUUCCUAACUAUCUUAGAGUCAGGUCUGCCGACCUCGGGAUGAGAAGAUUGAAUUCAGGAGGGAGAGAGAUAAACUCUGCAUCACCUGAAGCAAGUACAAAUGCUGAAACUACAGAAUCUUCCUUGCGAUCACUAUCAGUUACAGAAGGAGAAAAUGAUCGACUAAGCCUAUCGGGUUCAUUUCCUAACUAUCUUAGAGUCAGGUCUGCCGACCUCGGGAUGAGAAGAUUGAAUUCAGGAGGGAGAGAGAUAAACUCUGCAUCACCUGAAGCAAGUUCAAAUGCUGAAACUACAGAAUCGUCCUUGCGAUCACUAUCAGUUACAGAAGAAGGAAAUGAUCGACUAAGCCUAUCGGGUUCAUUUCCUAACUAUCGUAGAGUCAGGUCUGCCGACCUCGGGAUGAGAAGAUUGAAUUCAGAAGGGAGCACUGAUUUGGAUAGUUCAUCAAGGGAAAGUGAGGUGGAUGGAAUUUAUAUAGAGAGAGACUGUGAAUCACCUCAAGCAAGUACAAAUGCUGAAACCACGGAGGCUUCCUUGAGUUCACUAUCAGUUACAGAAGGGGAAAAUGAUGGACUAAACAUACCAGAUCCAGUUCCGAACUGUCAUACAUUCGGGUCUGAUGAUCUCGUGAUGAGAUUCUUAUCACCACCAGAUGACCCUGGUACUGUAACGCCACAAAGCAGGUUGAAUCCAGAAGGGAGCACUUAUCGGGAUAGCCCAUCAAGGAGAAGUCCUUCAGUAAGCUCACUGUUUUCAACGUGCCCGUCUAGAGAAAUAAUCCAGGACACAGCCUCAGGCUCUCUUGAAUGUACUGAGGGGAACGAAAGGUUGGAGUCACCUAUGCCCGAGGAUAAUGAGUGGGGAGGUUGUCAUCAAUUGUCCAUUGCCGUCAGUUCUUUAGAAGGAACGAUGAGUGAUGACAUUUAUCAUAGGCUUGGGCAAUCUGUGGCAAGAGUAGAAAGUUUUUGUCGGGAUGUACACAAAGAAUCAGUCAGGCGUAAGAAAGCUGAAAACAAUGUCAUUGAUGCUAUUCACAGGGUUAAAGAAUCUGCAACCAUGUACACUGAGUUGUUACGACACAGGAGAGAAAUCGAACAAUCCCUAGCAAGAAGCAAGAAAGAUGUUGAGGAAAUGAAAAGUAAGCUCGUUGCAGUCAUAAAUGCGCGCCGAUCCCAAAACGCUAAUUCCAGUAAGAAGCUAGAGGAGUUGGAACAGAAACUGUUUUCUGCUGUUGAACUAUCUCAAUUAUUAUAA